AAAAUUUCAUGUAAGGGAACCACAGAUAAUUUAAGAGGAAAAGGGAAAGAAAACAUGUAGGAUCGUCCCUGAACAACAGAGCAUUGAACCAAAAAGUCAGUCAAGCCCGAGAAAAAAAUAAAAUAAAAUAACAACAAAUUUACUCCUUUAGCUUACAUGUUGUGGAUUUCUAUCGAGAGUAGAGCAUAGCAGAGAGAGAUCGAGAGAGAAAAGGGGAGAUGGAUCUGCUCAUCAACAGAGUGGAGAGAAGAGAGAUCAAGCCCGGAGACCACAUCUACACUUACAGAGCUGCCUUCAUCUACUCCCACCACGGUAUCUUUGUUGGGGAAAACACGGUAGUCCAUUUUACAAGCAGUUGGAUAUCUUCUGAUUCUAGCUUUUAUAAUUCAAGCUUGAUCUGUUCUUCCUAUCCCGAUUGUGGAUUUAGGAAACCCAAAAGUGGUGUAGUCCGUUCUUGUCUGGAUUGUUUCCUUCGAAAUGAAUCUCUGUAUCGUUACAAAUAUGGAGUUUCCCCAUCAGUUUUCUUUGCUCAUGUGCGGGGUGGCACAUGCACCACUGCAAAGUCUGACCCACCAGCAGAAGUUAUCCGAAGAGCAUCGUAUCUUCUUGAAAGUGGAUUUGGCAAUUAUCAUUUGAUUCAAAACAACUGCGAAGAUUCUGCACUUUAUUGCAAAACUGGUCUUUUGACAUUAGACAAACUGGGGGUUGGAGCAAGUGGUCAAGUCUCUUCUGUCUUUGGUGCCCCAUUGGAGGCCAUUUUUUCUUCUUGUCCGAAUUUAUGGAUGCCAUCUCCUGUUAGCCGGGCUGUGAUAAAGGCUGCAGUGAAAUACUCUUUGGACAGGUAUGAAGCUGAUAUUGGCGUUCGAGAUGAUGUGAUGAAGGUGGCAGUGGAGGACUUGGCUGUGAAACUGGGUUUGGAUGGCCGCCAUCAUAAGGAAGUAGCUGAUGACACUGACGCUUCAAAGCGAGACUUUGUUGCAAUGAAUUCAGAGAGAAAUUAG